AAGUAAAUUAUAGACUCAAACCUCUAAUGAAUGCAUAACAAAACCAAAUGUACGUGGACCAACAAGCAAGCAAAAACGAUAGUGCACAAUUAAUAAGUAGACACUUUGUUUGCCUCAUCUUGAGUUGAUACAGGUUUUAAAAACUAAAGAUUUGUUGAAAAGUUUCAUUAGAGUUGGGCGUUUGGCCAACAACUUAGAUCUGGUCCCAUAUUAUUGGGUACACUACUCAGCUAGCUCUUUCACAAAUUUUUGCCAACAACUUAGAUCUGGUCCCGUAUUAUUGGGUACACUAGUCAGCUAGCUCUUUCACAAAAAUAACAGGCUUAAUUUCAAUCUUCAUGUUGUUAUAUAUGUUUUUUCUGUUUGACAUUAUCACAUAACUUAAUGGAGCCGUGGAAGGACCUUACCGGGAAAGUAGUGAUGGUGACAGGGGCAUCCUCUGGAAUCGGGCUUGAGUUUUGUCUGGACUUGGCCAAAGCUGGUUGCAGCAUAAUUGCUGCUGCUCGUCGUAUUGACAGGCUGGAAUCUCUCUGCAACGACAUGAAUUCAGAGGGUAUUCGGCGAGCAUUUGCCCUCAAGCUUGAUGUCAUGUCCAAUGGUGCCACCAUGGAGGCCGCUGUAGAAAGAGCUUGGGAUGCCUUUGGACAUAUCAAUGUCUUGAUUAACAAUGCUGGCAUAAGAGGUCCUGUGAGCUCUCCACUGGAAUUGUCAGAGGAGGAAUGGGAACAUACCUUUAACACAAAUCUUAGAGGGGCAUGGUUGCUGUCCAAAUAUGUGUGUAGACGCAUGCGUGAUGCCAAAUUACAGGGCGGAGGAUCUGUUAUUAAUAUCUCUUCAGUUUCUGGUCUGAAUCGAGUACUAGUACCCGGGGGUCUUGCUUACGCUUGUUCAAAGAUGGCUCUGGACAUGCUCACUAGGAUGAUGGCACUUGAAUUGGGAGUACACAAUAUCAGAGUGAACUCAGUAGCACCAGGAGUUUUCAAAUCUCAGAUAACAGAGAGCCUUAUGCAAAAGGAAGGGUUCAAUAAUGUUAUUUUGCAAACCGUGCCUCUGAGAUAUCUUGGAAUGACAGAUCCCGCUCUAACAUCACUCGUCAAGUAUUUGAUCCAUGAUUCUUCAGAAUAUGUAUCCGGUAAUAUUUUCAUUGUUGACAGCGGAGGUACCUUAACAGGUGUCCCCAUUUUCUCAUCACUCUAGAACAAACGCAUUCAUGGUUUAAGUUCGACCAAAUCCAAAUUAUGCUUUUCUACAAUUUAAGAUACAAUAAUAGUAUUACCAAAUACUUCAAAUUAUGUACUAUUUUUUAGGCCAAAUGUGUAAUGUUUGUUGUAUAAGCUGAACUUUUUGAUAUGAUUCUCUUUAGAGUUUA